AUGUGGACAGCGGGGGCCGGUGCGACGGCCGAGGUCCAGGAACCCGGAGGCAAGAUCAGGUCCAGGAGCACUCGCCACAUCCCGGUGGUCGGGGUGGUGACGGAGGACGAGGAAGCGCAGGGUGCUUUCAAGACCAUGGACCUAAAUCGUGUCAUCAACCUCCUUGAAGAGACUGAUAAAGAUGAUUUAGAAGAAAAACAACUUAAAUCUGUCAAGAAACUGAUGCAGUGUUAUCAGAAUGGACUUCCCCUAAGGGAUUUAGCACAAAUAUUUAAAAUUUUGAAUCUGUGUGCAGAAAAAAUUGAAAACCAGCCCCACUUUAUAGAAUCUGCAUCUAAUAUCCUAAAAUUAUGUGGCUUGCCAUUUUUGAAAAAGAAAGUAUCAGAUGAAAUAACAUAUGCUGAAGAUACUGCUAAUUCAAUCGCGCUUCUGGGUGAAUUAAUGAAAAUACCAAAUUCUGAAUUGAGGAUACAAAUUUGUAAGUGUAUUGUUGACUUUUAUCAUGCAGAACCACCAAAGAAGCAUAUUACAGGUUACCAGCAAGCAAGUUCAUCAUACAAGAUUAAGAUGGCUGAGGUCGGAGGAUUGGCAAAAACAAUGGUCCAAUCAUUGACCUUACUUGAAAAUCAACUUGUUGAGAAACUUUGGGUGCUUAAAGCUCUGCAACAUCUCUCAACUUCUGAAGUUAAUUGCACUUUAAUGAUGAAAGCACAAGCAGCCAGUGGAAUCUGUGCUCACCUCAAUGACCCAGAUCCCUCUGGACAGCUUCUGUUUCGUUCAUCAGAAAUACUUUGGAAUUUAUUGGAAAAAUCUCCAAAAGAAGAAAUCAUACAACAGCUUAGUAACUUGGAAUGUUUGCUGGCUUUGAAGGAAGUAUUUAAAAAUCUGUUUCUGAGAGGUUUUAGUCAUUAUGAUCAUCAGCUUAGAAAUGAUAUAUUAGUAAUCACUACAAUUAUAGCUCAAAAUCCCAGAGCACCAAUGAUCGAAUGUGGCUUUACCAGGGAUUUGAUACUAUUUGCAACCUUUAAUGAAGUUAAAAGUCAAAAUCCUUUGGUAAAAGGUCUUAAGCUUUCUAAUUCCUAUGAAGAUUUUGAAUUGAAGAAAUUGCUAUUCAAUAUAAUUGUGAUCUUAUGUAAAGAUUUACCUACUAUACAGCUAUUAAUUGAUGGCAAAGUUAUCUUGGCUUUGUUUACCUAUCUUAAAAAGCCUGAGAAACACAAAAUAAUUGAAUGGUCUGCGGCACAGUAUGAAGAAUUACAACUGCAUGCAAUUGUCACUUUGUCAUCAGUGGCUCCUUUAUUAACAGAAGAGUAUAUGUUGUGUCAGGGUAAUGCUCGAGUCCUUGCAUUUCUAGAAUGGUGUGAGAGUGAAGAUUCUUUCUUCAGCCAUGGUAAUAGUUUUCACAGUACAGGUGGCCGUGGCAACAAGUUUGCCCAGAUGCGUUACAGUUUAAGACUCUUGAGAGCCAUGGUCUACCUUGAGGAUGAGACUAUAAACAGUGAUCUUUGUGAAAAGGGAACAAUUCAGCAACUGAUAGGAGUUUUUAAAAAUACAAUAAGCAAGGCUAAUGACAAAGAAGAAGCCAUUGUUUUGGAAAUUCAGUCUGAUAUAUUACUUAUCUUAUCUGGUCUUUGUGAACAUCAUAUUCCUAGGAAGGAAAUUUUUGGAACUGAAGGAGUGGAUAUAAUUCUUCGUGUAAUGAAAACAGACCCCACAAAGUUACAGACUGGAUUAGGCUAUAAUGUACUUCUUUUUAGUACACUGGACAGCAUUUGGUGCUGUAUUUUGGGGUGUUAUCCCUCAGAAGAUUACUUUCUUGAAAAGGAAGGCAUUUUUCUCCUUUUGGACUUACUGGCAUUGAACCAAAAAAAAUUCUGUAAUCUAAUACUUGGAAUAAUGGUUGAAUUUUGUGAUAAUCCCAAAACUGCGGCUCAUGUCAAUGCUUGGCGAGGGAAGAAGGACCAGACAGCUGCUAGUCUUUUAAUUAAAUUGUGGAGAAAGGAAGAAAAAGAACUCGGAGUAAAACGUGAUAAACACGGGAUGAUCAUUGAUACAAAGAAACCUCUAUUUACCAGUUUCCAAGAAGAGCAAAAAAUCAUGCCAUUGCCUGCAAACUGCCCGACUCUUGCAGUAAUGGAUGUUGCCGAGAAUAUCAGAGCAAAAAUUUAUGCUGUGCUGGGCAAACUGGAUUUUGAAAAUUUACCUGGCCUAUCUGCUGAAGAUUUUGUCACUCUUUGUAUCAUACAUAGAUACCUUGAUUUUAAAAUUGGAGAAAUAUGGAAUGAAAUAUGUGAAGAAAUAAAAUUAGAAAAGUUAAGACCAGUCAAUGCAGAUAAAAAAAUUUUGGAAGUUAUUACAACAGCAUCAGAAAAUAUUGGAAAGAUGGUUGCUUCUCUUCAAAGCGAGAUGAUUGAAAGCCAAGCAAACCAAGAUGUGCAAAAUGAACAAAAAGUAUAUACAAAAAUACAAGCCACACACAAGCAAAGAGAAUUGGCUAAUAAAUCAUGGGAAAAUUUCUUGGCCAGAACAUCAAACGCUAAAACUUUAAAGAAAGUAAAAAGACUUCAGGAAAAAGCUAUAGAAUCCUCUAGAUAUGGUGAGCAUCCACCAAAUGCAAUAUUUCACAGGACAGAUAUUAAAGGCCUUAACACAAUGGUGCCUUCUGGUCGGGUAGUAACAGUGGAAAGCACUCCUGCCCGAUUACUGGGAGGACCUCUGGCUGAUACAGAUAUUGCUCUUAAAAAAUUGCCUAUUCGAGGAGGAGCCCUACAAAAGGUGAAAGCAGUGAAAACUGUGAAUGAGUCAAAGAAGAGUGUUCCUACAUAA